AUGUCCCGCGCCGCGACCUCCCGCGCCGGGUCCAGGCGGACCUCGCCAGACAUCCAGAACGCGACCGCGUUUCGGUCCAACUCGUCCGCGGCGAGACAUUACUCGGCGGGCGACAGCUCCGACGACGAGGUGCCCGAACCCAAGUUCAGCGCCUCCGUCAAGGCCCUGCUCGACGAGGAUGGCCUCGACCUGUCCCCGCGUCUGCGCGGCGAGCGCAUGGGCUCUGCAGCCUCCAACCAGGAAAGACGAUCUCGCACGACUUCUCCGAAUGAUCACUCGACCGGAAGCCCGGCGCCCCGCGUCGUUCGCAUCGCGCCGUCCCUGAAUAGUAGCGGUGGAAGAUCCCGGAGGGAGGGUUCCCUCCUGUCCAACAGCGAGAGUGCAGAACCGGAAGUCAGAACAAACUCGAACGAUUUCAUCACUCCGGCCCCGAGACCACGCAGUGUGCGCAUCAAUGGCUCGCGGAGCCAUACACGGUCACCGCCAUCUAUAUCACCGUCUCAAAAACGAUCGGAGGAAAGGAGUUAUCUCGACGAACAUGGGAGUGCGGAACGCUCAGAAGAUGAAAGAAAGUCGCGGUAUGAGGAUGAUUACGCGCCUCGCAUCGGCACGUCUUCGGUCCUCCGAACCCGCAAUCUCGAUGAUAUGGGCAUGCAAAGCUCAUUGCGGGUGAAGAGGGUCGGAAGGCUCACGGGAACAUUUUUGAACGGCCCCGCAAGACGGGGCGUGUUACGACGACAGAGCGAAGAGAACAACGAAGAUCGAGAACUAGACGCACACGAUGACAAUGCCGAUUACCACUACAAGACCACCGCGAAAUCCUCCUCCCCCAAGGUGUCAUGGGCGGACCCGAGCCCGCCACAGAGGUCCGACGAACAUCGGUCCUAUUCUCGGACUGACGGGCCAUUUUCCAGGUCCUCAUCGCCCAAGUCCUAUGGAUCCUACUCCAAGUCGACACCCGGCUCUUCUUCCGACGCGUCCUCCAAACCUUCAAGUGCAAAAGACCAGCCUUUGUUCAAGGUGCCUCCUCCGCCAUCGUUACCUUCGUCUAGGGACCAGGAGAACGAACCGCCACCGACAUUCAAGCGUGUCAAGCCCCAGGGCUUCAAUCUACUGGACCGACCGGAUAAGCCCGCGGUAGUCUACGGGGAGGGGAAGAAAGAGAGUGCGGAGACGCCGGCAGGAAACGGAAACUCGCCUCGACAGAUCCUCGCAACACGAAGCAACAACACCCCUCACAGACCGGCCCCUCCCCCGCCCAAGAUGUCCGUUCUCGAGACAGCCACCGCCACUGGAGGGGCAUCCACCGCGUCACAGUCCCGUAAAAAGCGCAGCCAGGUCUCGGUGAACCACAAGCCCUUCACCCGGCUGGAUUGCAUCGGCCGCGGUGGAAGUUCGCGGGUCUACCGGGUCAUGGCGGAGAACUACAAGAUCUUCGCCUUGAAGAGAGUGAAUCUUGAGGACGUCGACCCGAUCACCUUGGCUGGUUACAAAGGUGAAAUCGACCUCCUAAAGAAACUAGAGAACCUGGAUCGUGUCGUGCGCUUGUUCGACUGGGAGCUGAACUCAGACAAGCACACCCUCAGCGUCCUGAUGGAAAUCGGAGAAUCCGACCUGGAAAAGAUCCUCACCUAUCGGCUCAACGCUGAGGAUGCCCGAUGCGACAUCAACUUCACCCGAUACUACUGGAAAGAGAUGCUGGAAUGCGUUCAAGCCGUACACAACCACAACGUCGUGCACUCGGACCUGAAGCCUGCGAACUUCCUCCUGGUCCAGGGCCGACUGAAGCUGAUCGACUUCGGUAUCGCGAACGCCAUCCAAGACAACACGGUCAACGUACACCGCGAGCAGCAAGUUGGAACACCAAACUACAUGUCCCCAGAAGCGUUGGUCGACUCCAACGCCUCCCUCGGCCUCCCCGCCAGCGUCGGCAAGAUGAUGAAGCUCGGCAAACCCAGCGAUGUCUGGAGUCUGGGCUGCAUCCUCUACAAGAUGGUGUAUGGCCAGCCCCCCUUCGCCAAGAUCCCCAAGUACUACGAACGCAUCCUGGCCAUCCCCAACCCCAACGUCAAGAUCGACUUCCCCGCCUUCGGCGUCGGCGGCGUCCCCGUGCCCCCCGGGCUCGUCCGAACCCUGAAAGGAUGUCUCCAGCGCGACCAGACCCUCCGUCCCACCGUCGAAGAGCUCCUCGCCCAGCGAGACCCCUUCCUUUACCCCGACGCCCAACUCGACGGCGCCGUCCCCGUCACCCAGGACAUGCUGAACCGCAUCCUCGUCAACGUUGUCAACCACUGUCGCGUCCGCGGCAUCCCCAAGGACGAGGAACUCGCUGCCUGGCCGGCCGGGUUCUUCGCCAAGAUCAAAGCCGCCCUAGAAGAAACUACCUGA